AUGGCCAGCACAUUUCCCCUAGACGCCAUCCAGCGGCUGUCCCAACUCGGGCCACCACAAACCAUCGCGGAUGGAGUAGCUCUUGCUGCAGUCGGAGUUGCUUCAGCAGCAUACAUGCUCAAUGGCAUAGCUUGGAACAAACCCGACCCCUACCAUGAUGUCUGGUUCAAACGAAUGGAAUCCAGAAGUGGUGCUGGGAGCGGUGCCAAAGCAACGCGCAACAUUGCCAAGAAGCUGGAGGAAUCAAACAAGAAUGUCGUCAUAUUUUGGGGUUCCCAAUCCGGUACUGCAGAGACAUUCGCAGGUCGCCUGGCUAAGGAAUGUCAUCUAAAGUUCGGUCUCCAGACUCUGUGUGCCGACCUAUGUGAUUAUGAUCCCGAGACCAUUGCGCUUAUUCCUGACAAUAAGCUGGCAAUUUUCAUUAUUUCCACCUAUGGUGAGGGCGACCCGAGUGACAACACGUUGGGGCUCUGGGAGUGGCUUCACAAAGAUGCUGCCGGCAUCAAGCUCCCGCACCUACGCUACAUGGCAUUUGGUCUGGGCAACACAAGCUACAGGUACUACAACCGAGUAAUAGAUGUGGUGACCGAGGCUCUCGACAAAGCGGGUGCACAGCGCUUGAUGCCCGUUGGCAGAGCCAACGAUGCCAAUGGCGGGACAGAGGAAGACUUCCUGUCCUGGAAGGAUGACCUCUAUGAACAUUUCAUCAGCCAGCUGGGUUUCAAAGAACAAGAUAUUCCAUAUACCCCUGGUAUACGACUCGUUGAGGAUGAGUCUCUCGAUGUCAUUGAUCUCAACUUAGGUGAGCCUCUUGACAACCGCCAUGGGCCUGCUCGUAUCGUCAAACAAUAUUCCGCCAUCAAACCACUGCCCGUCGAAACGUCAUAUGAGCUAUACAACUCCCCCAGCCGGAAAUGCCUCCACAUCGAGCUGGAUAUCUCCAACAUUCCAGAGCUACGAUACGGAACAGGUGACCAUCUUGCCGUCUAUCCCGUCAACCCGGACCAAGAGGUGCAGUUACUCCUCCAGGCCCUGGGACUAGAGAACCGAGCAGACACACCUCUGCUGGUUCAGCCUUUGGAAGAGGGUCAGACGAUUAAGAUUCCAAGCCCGACCAAUCUCACAGCCCUCCUCCGCCAUUAUCUCGAGCUCUGUGCCCCAGUGUCCCGCGAGACUGUCGGUCAACUAGCUAAAUUCGCUCCCACAACCGAAGCGGCAAGCAAGCUUGCAUCCUUAGGAAAGGACAGGACGGGGUAUGCCGAGUUCAUCGCCAGCAACCACAUCACUUUUGGCCGUCUCCUCUCUCUAGCGGCUCCAGGAAGAAUAUGGAAGAACCUCCCUCUCGCCUACGUUGUCGAGACUCUACCAACCCUCCAACCCCGUUACUACUCCAUCUCCUCGUCGAGCGUCGUAUCCGCUCGAAAGAUCGCCAUCACAGUCGGUGUCGACAGCACUCCCCUCGCCGCUUCCCCAACCACUGAAAUCCGCGGAGUGACGACCAACUAUCUACUAUCCCUCUCAAACCACAUGAACGGAUCUUCGAGCAAUUCAGCCGACUUCCCAUCCUACCAGCUCUCCGGACCCGGGAACGUCCUCCAAAGCAGCAUGGUGCACGCCUGCAUCCGCCGCUCCCAAUUCAAGCUCCCCACAAACGGCGCCACACCCAUCGUCAUGGUCGCAGCCGGCACCGGCAUGGCGCCGUUCCGCGGCUUCAUCCUCGAGCGCGCGCGCCUCAGGGCGAUCGGCAAGCCCGUCGGGCGCAUGCUCCUCUUCUUCGGCUGCCGUCAGCCGGACGAGGACUUCCUCUACCAGAGGGAGCUCGCAGACGUUGCCGCCUCCGGGCUGGAGGGCGUGCUUGAGAUUGUGCCUGCCUUUUCGCGGGCUGGUGGGAUGCCCAAGACCUAUGUCCAAGACCGCAUGGCGGAAUAUAAGACUGACGUGUGUGAGCUUUUGAACAACGGCGCAAAUAUGUACAUCUGUGGCCGCGCAUCGAUGGCGAGAGAGGUUGGCAAGGUUGUGGAGGCCUCGAUGAACGAGCUGAACGGCUGGACCGAGGCGGAUGCUCGAAGCUGGACUGAGUCGGCGAAGAAGGGCGCCAAGUGGCUCGAGGAUGUCUGGGGUUAA